CAAGGCCACGUCAAAAAGAAUAACCUAUGUAUAUAACCUUUGCGAUUUGUGUGAUAUGUAGCUGUCAAAGCAAUCAGCUGUUGUCACAGUCGACAAGUACAGGGAUAUUGAAAUACCAAUUUUUCAGGCAGUGAUUAAUGAUUCAACAUGACGUGCUAAUCAAAGGAUGAACUGUGUGAAAUAAAAUUUCCCAUGCUUCGAUCCCAAACGUCCAGUACAUAAUUGGAGUAUUCAAUUCUGUGCAGCUACUUUUUAAUCAUAGGGCAUACAGGCGUGUAGUGUGUAAUCUAUGAAUUUAGGCGUAUUCAACAGAGUUAAUCUCAAGGAUUCCCAAGGAGGAAUGUAUUCAGAAUGGGCUUCACUGAGUACCCUGAUCCAGCAGGGCUCAGAGGAAAGUCAAAGUGUACUCGAAAAAUUUCCCCCUGGUGCAGGGAGAGAUGUAGCACUAUCCAUAGUACACCAACUUGCAGCUAAUCUUGGUAUUACCCAAGCAGGAGAGCCCAGUCCACUCUGCACUGAUAAAGAAGUUCAAUGGUGCAUGGAAGUGAUAUGUUUUGGUUUGUCAUUACCAUUAGCUGAGCAUGAUACUGUCAGAGAUUGUGUCAACAUAUACUGCGAGUGGCUGUCUGCGUUGUAUUCCACACCCAAAGUUUCUGUGCCAGGACCGAUCAUAGAUGAUCCAAACUUCUAUGCUAGAAAAAUUAUAAGCCAUUUUCAUAAUUUAUUCGUCCCAAGGAAAGGAGAAGUCUGGCCUUUUUUAUAUCAGGAUCUAGGUACAGAUACAAUAAAUCGACAGGCUGUUCUGUGUCAUCGAGUAUUAAGGACUUUACAGCAGAUUGCAAGAGGCCCGGCAACUUUGGAAAGAGAAACAUGGGAGAGUCUGCUGUUGUUUCUCAUUGGUAUCAAUGAUGCAUUACUGGCACCACCGGCGACUAGAGAAGAUGCAGGAGAACAGCUCUGCGAAAGAGUGCUUGGUGUAUUGUUGGAAGUAUGGCUAGUAUCCUGCGAACGCAGUUUUCCAUCACCUCCCUUAUGGCGCACGUUACGAGAAUCUUGCUUGCGAUGGCGUCACAGAUUAGCUUUGGUGGAACAAUGGAAUCGCGUGUGUCUCGCCCUUACGGCAAGACUACUGCAGAUCAUGUAUGGGCCAAUGUUCCCUGAAUUAAAGAUCAGUGAGGAAGACACACAACUUGUACCACCUACUAUGCCGGACGAAGCUGUAGCGCAAGCAUGGUACAGAAUGCUGCGUACUAUUGGCGAUCCCGUGGAUCUGUGUAGACCCGCCAUUGUGUCGCAAACGCAAGCAUUUUUACAAUACGCUAUUGCCAGUCCAAAUGUUAUAGAUCCGUGCCAACAUCCAUGUCUGCAGAGUUUGCCACAGAUAUUUCUGAAAGCUAUAAAAGGCAUAGCGGGUCAAGUUGACGCCUUUCUCGGAGUUUCACAGGCAUGUUGCUGGGAGGAAUGUUGUGUAUCCAACGUUGCGUCGGGAAAUAAUAGCACAGGAAGUGGGGGUGUCGGAUGGGAUAGGUCGAGCAGCAAGGAUCAGCCUCAACCUUCCCCUACACCCCCAACGCAACGCAGACUUGCCAAAAGUUUCAGUGUCACUCCCUCUGCGGUUACUAAGGGAAUUCCGAAAGCGUCAUUAAUUGGAUUAACAACAAGCCGCGUAAUCAGUACACCACCGAUGCUGAUAUCUAAUUCUGGGCCAUCGUCUGCUUCGAGUACAACAUCUAUGACUUCACUUGGCCAAGACAUCAGACCUCCUUUAGCCCCAGGACGUCCUAAGUGUAAUAGUAUACUACAUCUUUUUGGGGAAUGGUUAUUCGAAGCUGCGUUUAUCGGCACUGAGGGUUGGUCACAAAAUUUACCGCAACCAUCGGGUGCCUCGAAACGUCCAUCUUCAGUGCUUGUAGACGGACCAAGUUCGUUGCAAGAAACCGUAAAUGACGUACCAUCGACGCUCUGCAUAGAUCGCUAUGAGUCAGGCAGAGCGGAGGCAUUGGGCGCUCUAUGUAGAAUUUUUUGCGCUAAGAAAACAGGCGAAGAGAUCUUACCUGUAUACUUAGCCAGAUUUUAUCAAGCGAUGUAUCAUGGUCUCAAGGUGAACGAGUCGCGCGAAUGUGGCGAAACGUUGGCGAGUAUUUUGUUAAAUUCAGCCGACUUGUUUCGCCUCGAUUUAAACGGCAUACAAGUAUUGGUACCGGCCGUAUUAUCCGCCUUGGAAGUCGUCCUACCGGAGAAAGACUUGAAACUGAGAUCCAACUUAGUGUCAAAGCCGGAUUUAAGAAGAGCGUCGAUACAUUUAUUGAUAUCGAUGUUAACGUUGCCCCUGCACUUUCAGAAUCUCGCCAUCAAGGAACUUCCGAUAUUCCCAGGAACAAAUUCAUCCGAGAAAACUCCCAUAACGUUUAUACAAUUAAAAUCGAGAUUGAUGAAUUUGCUCAUAAAUGCUUUACAAGUGGAGACCGAUCCUCAGAAUACACAUAUGCUGUUAGGGGCUCUUUUACUGAGUGUACAAGAUUCUGCAGAAGCGGAAGAAGUAGAACAAGUCACGCAACCAGACGUCGUGGCGAAUGACUCCACCACCAAUUUAUUAUCCUCAGUCACCAGCGAUUCAGCCAGUCAAAUAAGUAUAUCCAGUGAUCAGCGAUCAAUUGGCGAUGCCUCUGAUAUUGCGACUCUUCAAGAGGAAUGCAUUGCAUUCGACUCCGCGCACGCUCUUUUCGUACGCGCUACAUACUUUGUGUGUCAUUGUUUGAUUUCAUCGUGGAAGACUGACUUGAAUAUCUCUCUAGCAGCGUUAGAGAUGCUGUCAGGAUUAGCACGCACACGUAUUCGCGAAACAGCGAGGAAGCUUACAGAUGCACUAGAAUGCAAAAGAGCAGUGAAAUGGUUGUGCGACUACAUUGCGUAUCAAUGUUGGCGUCCACCUCCGGCGCAUUCUAAGGAUCUCCAUUCUUCCAUCGUUGCAGCAUUUAGUUGCUUGACAACUUGGUUGACCGCGCAUCCACAAUUAUUACAGGACAAAGACUGUCUGACCACAGUAUUAGAAGUCGUUGAACUCGGAGUGUCCGGCACUAAGAGCGUUGGAAAACCAGGUGAACCCAUUAAAAUGAAGGAUGAAAAAGAACUGAAGCCUGCGUCCAUGCGUGUAAGAGAUGCCGCUGACGCGCUUCUCACUAUUCUGUUAGAACAGGUCGGCUAUUUUCCAAGUGCUUGCGGAGCGCAAUCGCUCUCGUCGUUAUUGGACGAAGUUUCAUUACUUCGACACUGCAACAGCUGGACUGGUGGACGUGUGGCCCGGCAAGCGGCCGUGGAGAGAUUUCGUUACUUCGUUUCUGAGAAUGCAAUAGUACUAGCUCUGUUAGAGGAGCCUCUAGGAAAUGAUCAAGAUCCUCAACCGACCGUGACAGUUCUGAUCCGCGGACCAUUCGGCAGACACGCGUGGACGAUGCAGCUGCGUCAUUUACCGCGUCACCGGUCCAGCAUCAGAAGCAUUAAUAGCAAUCCUGGCAGACCGUUGCCAUUGGCUGAGGCCGCUCCAAGAACAGACUAUAAGCCAAGAUUCUUCCCAGAUAAUGUAGAUCGCAUUCCCCAUUGUAAAGUGGACGAAUCAAUACCAAGUCUUGAGGCAGUUAUGAGUGACAACGACGCCGUACGAAAUGAACACCAAAUUCUUGCACAACUCUUAGAGCGCCAAAUAACGCUCGAGACCAAAUAUGACAAUGGUAAUGUAAAAAAUACGGAAGAGAAGAGCGACGAGUGCGUGCCACCGCAGAUCUGUCAUGAAUUUCAAACGGCACGUCUGUUCUUGAGCCAUUUUGGCUUCUUAAAUAUGGAACCUAAGGAAAAUGAGGAGUCUAGAGAUAGCGGUCUUAUUGCUUUAGAUCCAACUAUUCCCGGAUUUUGCAUAGAUUUGGAAACAUUAGAUAACAUUAGUCCACGAACAUGUGAUACCGUUCAUAUAUUUUAUGUAAAAGCAGGUCAGAAAUCUGCAUCGGAAAUAUUAUCAAAUGUGCUGCAUGAGGAAAAUGUAUCGCCGAACUUUUUGGAGUUUUUAAGUUCUCUCGGCUGGGCCGUUUCUGUGUCUGCUCAUGCAGGCUGGACCGGUCAUGUAUCCACCUCUUGGAGGGCAACGGCGCAGGUGAACGUGCCGCAACCGGCUCAUAGCAAUCACGGCGGAGCGCUUUAUAAUGGCGACACGCACGUGUUGUACUGGGCCGACGUAAGUUCAGAAAUUGCAUUUGUGGUACCUACUCAAUCGUAUCUCAUGGCCAGCUCGGACUCACUAGAAGAGACUAGCAGUUAUAGCAGCGAUAUUAGUAGUGGUCAAGCAUGGUUCGAACGAAGUAUCAGUGAAAGCACGGAUACUCGGAUCUCUGGUGUAUCACAAAAUACAACGCAGACUUCAAGAGCGAUGUCACUCGACUUGGAAAAACAACCGUCGAGUUUGUCGGGAAUAGGCCCGACAAAUUCGUCAAGUGCGGAUCCUAUUAAACCAAGAAGAUCGACGAAACAGGCUCUACCAUUGCAAACUAAUACAAAAAUUAUGGUUGUGUGGUUGGAGAGUUUAGAAGAUCAUAUCCAAUUUCCGAUUGGUGAUCUGCUCCCUGCCACUUGUACUGGAUUGGAGCAAUCGAGGAUAACGCAAGCUACCGAUGUACAAGUUAUUUUUUUACAAGCUCUUGCUAGUGGUUUAAUGCGGGUCAGAUUGCAGGGACCAGUUUCUAGAAUAAAUCUAGCAACACCUCUAAUUGAUGGUAUGGUAGUGUCGAGAAGAGUCUUGGGAACACUAGUUAGGCAAACAACUCUUAAUAUGGGACGCAGAAAAAGACUUGAUAACGAUAGUUAUCAUCCACCGCAUGUGCGAAGACGCUUGAAAAUUCAAGAGAUGGUACAGAAAUAUAAGAGAAAUCUGACAGAUCCAGAAUUGUUAACGCUUUUAUUUAGCAGUACUCAGACUUAUCGAGCAUAAAUAAGUCUUUUCGAGAAUCUCGAAUGAACUUAAGGAAAAAGGCAAUUUGAUAACAUUAUUGCAAGUUUAUGCGAUCGUUCGGAACGACACAAUGUCCUACAUCAUAUGUUUUAAUACAAGUAUUACACAUAAAAUUCUGCAUCUUAAUCAUUAUUUUAUUACUCGUUAAAUCGGUAUUGUAGAUAGCGCUGUAAGAUAUAAAUUAUAUUCAUACUUCAUAAUCAAAUAAUUACUUCAAUAUAAAAUAAUUAAAUGUAUCAUUAAAUUAAUUUAUUAUAUCUAUAAUAAUAUAUAUGUAUAUGUAUUCUAUACACAUCCUCUGUAUUGCAUAAUUCUUCUAAUGAACUAUUCCACAGAUCUUACAGAUUGUUCUACCGACAAUCAAUUACGUAUUCAACAUUGCCAUUGUUCUACCUGUCUUUGGUUACGCAAGCAAGAAUUAAAAUUUUUCUCCAUACAUACAUUAUAUGAUUACCGUAAAUAUUAGCAUGCUUCUUGUAUAUAGGAUUAUAAGAAUAUCACGAUAAGAAAUCUGUUCGAUAAAUUAAUUAAAGGAUCACUUGCCUCGUAUCUGCUCUGGGGUCAAUUUCAGAUAUAUUGAUUAAUAAAUGAAACGUUUCACACAUGGUUCUACGACUUAAAACGAUAAAUAACGAUUCUACUGAUAAAUAUUCAAAGUCUUUACAAAAAUAACAAAAGUACGUUGGAAAAGAGAAUUUUUGUUUUAUUAUUAUCUUUUAUUUUAAUAAUCAAUGAAGUGGAACUUUAUAAAGCAUCGUUUCAUAAUACGAUCAGAUCAUGUAGCGAUUUUUAUAUAAUACCAUACUAUUACGAAAUUAUUGACUGCGCGUAAAUUAUCUGACACUGUUUAAUUAUCCUUUUUGGAAAAAUAUUCUGUUUUCUUGCAUCAUUCAUUAUAUCUUCAAUUCAAUGCUUAUCUGCUUCAUGUAUUUUACAUACAUUCGAUAUCUGUACUUACACUACGAUUCUAUCAGUCAACAAGUCAAACAGGAAUGACUAUAUAAUUUUUUUCUACUUUUCAUUAUCGCGGUUGCAAUAAAACGUUCUCUCCAUUUUUCGACAAUGAAAUCACAUCUAUAUUAGGAAGACGCCUAAGUGUUACGCAAACAUGUAUAUCUAUUAUUAUAUUAUUCUAUUAUUAUUAUUAUAUCUAUUAUUAUUAUAUCUAUUAUUAUUGUUAAUUUUACAUCAUUUAUGACAUUGCUAUUAUUGAAACAUAUAUUUAUACAAUAUAAAGGAAUUAUCACUUUUUAAA